AAUAUGGCCUUCUGAGAAGAAACAGCAUCCUGAUUUAGCUGAGGCUUUAGUCAAUCAGGAACUUCAACUCAAUUGAAAAAUCCAUGUUAAAUACUGGCUUACUAGUGUGUGUGUGGAUUCCCUGUUUGGUGUCCGUGGUGUGAGGAGGUUGAUUUUUUAAACUGUAUUGGGUUUAACAAUCCCUCUUAGUCAAGACAUAACGUUUUGUUUAGUUAACCAACAAUCUAACUCCACCCACACAAAAGGGGAGUGGCUAAACAAGCCACAACAGAGAGCUGGAGAAAUCUAAUCAAGACGGUGAGUCACACCGGUGAGGUUUGGAGGAAGGGGAUCUCACUCAACUGCAGGAAGACAACAGGAAUGGAAGUCUAAUCCAGCUAUUAAACCCAGUUAGAUUGUUGGGACUUUUUCUGAUUCUCCAGGCUCUGUUUUGAUCAUCACUGAACCCAGGAGCUGGUGGGGUCAAACAUUUCCCCUUCACCACCACCUGCAUCCUCUGGGAUCUUCCCUGGCCUGCUUGGACAUCAGCUAAGUUUUCUCUUCCCCUUUACCAUUCAAACAGUUUUGUGAUGUAUUGAUUAUAAUUAUGGUUCAAAUACAGACAUUUUACUUUAAUAACACAUGGAUUUAUAAUUUGAUUUUUGUACGUUCCGUAGCUAGGUCACCGGGCUAUCCCUCCAUCUGUUUAUUUAAAUUAUUAUUUUUGACAGAAAUACAUUAGAUAUUCAAUUAAUUGUUAAUACUUUAGGGAUAAAAACCUGGGUUUUGUAGUUCACCAGUGAGGACGGCAGCAGAAGGAUAAGGCACUUAAUCCCCAUAAAGAGAAACUUUAUGAUGAAGUUUGUGAUGCCGACCGUCCAUAGAACCUCCCAGAAACCCAGCGUCUCGAUGGUGGGGCUGAGGAAGAUGAGGCUGGAAGAAGGAGGACAUUCAGGUUAAAUGGCACCAUCAUUUCAGUGCAAUGCAAACACCUUUAUUACUCCAACUUGGUCAAGUUUUUAAUUUGCAUAAUUUUUCUCGGCGGUCCUUUUGACAUUACUUAUUUCCAUUUUAUACAAAACCUAAAAAUCCUAAAUAAAGCAAUCUGAGUGUAAUUUUAAUUGAUGCACCCACUUACCAAUAGUGGAGUGUCUCACUGAGAAAGGUGUAGUAAAGCAGGAGGGUGGAGGAGAUCAGGAACAGUAGCAUCCAUACACACCGCAGCUUUGAGUGUCGAUCCUGAGGAAACACAGAAAAACUCAUGGUUACAGAUGUAUUAACAAACAAAUGGAUAAGCAAUAAACAAAUGUGUUUUUCUCUUCUGAACUUACCUGAAGAAAUACUUGAGUUUGAAUGUUUUUAUUCACAUAUAGAAAAGUUGUGAAGAGGCCAACCCCAACUGCUAGCCCUGGUAAAUGGAGAAAAAGAGUUAAAUGUGUUUUGUAGUGUUUGUAAUGGCAUUAAUAAGGUUUAACCUCGCAAGAAUGGAAAAAAACAUUCAGAGCCAAGCAGUACAUCAGUCUAAUCAAACUAGUCCAAGUAUCUGUUAAUGUAUUGCCCAUUCAACGCCUCAAAAUGUUUAUUUGAUACAUGUUUUUCUGUAAAGAAUGUUCAAAUGAAUUAAGGAAUCCUCAGCUCUGAUUGGUAGUUGUUUUACUUUGGUUAGCAGGAAAGAUAGCAAUAUUAUUGUUGUACCUAGUAUUAUUUGUCUAAUGCACUUUGCAGAAUGAAGUGACAGUUUCAGCAAAUAUAUCAGAGUUAUUUUGACUAAAGUAUCCAACAGUAGCCUUAACUCGAACUCACCAAGAGCAUGUUGGAUGACCAGUUUAGCACAAAGUAUGAUUAGAAAAGGAAGACUCUUUUGAAGCCAGCGGAAGAGACACCGAAGCUCAGAAAAGGAGGUGCUGGGUUCUCCUGAGUCCAGAUCAGAGUCCGGCGGGUCCAGCUCAGCCUCCGAAUUGGAGUGGUGGGGCAGCCGAUUGUGUGAGUGCGGCUGAGAAUGUGUGUGGCUGUGGGAGUUGACUCUGGACCUCCUGGAUGAUGCACCUCCAGUGCUCUCCCCCGGCUUGCUGGUCAUAUUUACCCGCACCUCAUUGCUCUCAGGGUUGGCAGCAGCCGCACCAGGGGCUGGAGUCCUGGUGAGCUCUGGUUGCAGAUUUAGGGACAAACCAUUUCCUGCAUGAGCGUCCUGCUCACUUGAAUUAGGCUGCAUUACAGCAGGGGAAUACCUCAGUUUCAGUGCUCUUCUGGAAUCACGCCUAAAACAUAGAAAAAAACCCACACUUUUUUAGCAACAGUCACAAUAUGUGGCAUUAACUGAGAUUACAGUGGUAUUAAUAACUUGUAUAAUACUUAGCUCACUUUCAUUAGUUCCACAGUUGUCAGCUAACCUAAGAUAUUAUUGUAUAGCAUAAUGUUUUACUCUAAACCUUUCAUGAAGUGUAAAUAAGUUAACACUGUGAUCAUAGGAAUAGGGUUGAAUUGUGGAAGUAUUACCAAUCAACAUGCGUUGUUUAAUUUCUAAAAGCUGACACACCAGAACAACGAGACGUCAUUAUUUUGUGUAAGAAGUCAUUAUCAACAUAGCUAGAAUUGUGUUGCUAACUUACAUUGACUAGCAGUCAGUGUUGCACUGAACGUCUCACCAGGGCUAUGAGUUAAAUGUUUUUGAAAGCUAAAUAACGUUAGCAGGACAAUAUAUUAGUAAUUCCCGACAAUAAAACCAAAAGUAGUGACAGACAGAUAACUUGACCGUAGCCUGAUGAGCGAGCUGUCCCAUUAGCAUUAGCAGCUAACGGAUGUUUUUCUAUCAGUACUGUUAAAAGCUUCAGCUCACCUGUCAUUCUGAUCCCGGAGUUUCAUAGUAAGCUAUUGGUCUCCAUUUAAUAUAAAGUCCAAGUCGCCAAACAAAACAAAAGCAUAAUAAACCAAAAAGAAAACUAAGCUGUUGUCUUUCAGGCUAAGCCAUACGCUGCUCGUUCAGACAUAGUGACGCUGUUUACGACAGCAGACGUUGCAAACUUCUUCUGCUGAAGUUUUUGCGGCGUGUCGAAUGUAAACUGCCGCAAUGCCGCCACCUACUGGAGUAUCAUUCAACUACCCUCAACAAAUUAUAAUAAGUGUGGAAAUGUAAUCAUUUAACCAUACUUAUCGCCAGUGGUGGAGAGAGUAGUAUCUUUAUAUAAUAUUCCUAGCAAAAUUGCUGCCAAUACAUGUUCUGUUAAAGCACUCAUUGUUCAGCUACUUGUAUAUAAUGUUGGAUGGUAUAAUCUACAGGAAAUAAUCAUAUUUUUCCAAGUAUUGUGUCAAAAUCUGAAUUUAUAAAUAACUAGUCAAUGAAUCUAUAAAAUAAGUGUGCUGAAGUAAAAAGUACAACAAUUGCCUUCAAAAUGUUUUGGAGCAAAAGUAUAGAGAAGUAUAAAAUAAAAAAUACUAGUACAAGUACCACAAAUGUUUACUUAAGUUAGUAAAAUAACUUAGUUACUUUCCACCACUGCAUAUGAGUUUUGACUGUUAUAUUGUUAUACCACUAGACCCUCAGAAUUGUCCCUGUUGGGAAGCCAACGUUAAUAUUAACCCUUCAUUGAACAACUGCAACAUUUAGGUAAGAUAAUUAAAUGGUGAUGGAUCUUUACACUUAAGGCUGGAUUUACCGUAUGGGCAACCUAGGCCCUUCAGCAAGGGGGCCCCUCAGUGACAAGAGAAACAUUUUAUUUAUUUUUUUGCCACAACCUCACUCAUUAUACAUUGUCAGAUUGAAUGGAAAUUUAAAAUAUUGGUCAUGUUGGUAGGAUUGGGUAGGCCUGUUGAUACGUUGGUUGAGGGGCCCAUGAGCUCUCAGUGCCCAGGUUGCGAAUCAGAUUCCUGUCACUGCAUUUGGUGUCUGCAUGGAGAUGGAAGUGGGAUUUGGGGGAAUAAUGUGCUGCAAGCGGAGAAGUGGCUUUUAAAUGUUUUGGAGUGAGCACAUAAAGGCUGGCUGGGAAAAUAUAAACACAACUGUUUUUGCUAAAGAUAUAUAUAAAUAAAACCUUGUACAAUACCACAGCUCAUUCAACAUAAAUUGACAUGAAAAUUAUGCAUUAUUUCUAUUUUCUUGCAAUUUAUUUAAUGUUUAACAUUACCAGUUAUUUCAAUAUGUAUAUUUCAACAUGUUGAAAAGGAAUCAAGAAACAUUUCCAUCAAAAUAUAGAUCAAUCUUUGAACCCAACAAAUGGUUACGUUUGUGGAUUUGUUGUGUGGGGGUUAGAAUGAAUGAGAUGGACAUUCCCUCUGUGCCUUUUUGUUUUGAUGAUGGUGGGAUUGCGAGUAAAUUGGAGGCUGGCAUUGCCUACUACAUGACCAAGUCUCUGCCAGCAUGUCUGUCUUCAGUUAGGAUCGAAAGAGUCUAAUAUAUGAUUUCCCAAAUGUAGGUAUUAUAGAAGUAAAUCCUGAAUUCUUUAUUAACUUACUUCAUGUCUUUCUAAGUAAUCCCAAGUAAGGAAAUCCUAAAUAUUCAAUCCAAAAUCAUUUAUCAAGGUCUUUUACUUAUAGGAACCAAAGCUAAUUAUUUCAUUUUGCCAGGCUUUACCCUUUUGUAAUUCUUGUUUCUUUUCCUUCAAACAAAAAAUAUAUGAGCAAAAAGGGCCCCUUGUGUACUGCACAAUGGUUCCUAGAUGUGUGUACACUGCAUGACACAUGGGCAGUGUGUACAAUGGAUGCUCAUGCCUACCAUUUUAGCGUGUAAAACCACUUAAUGCUAUCUAAGAGUAAACUCUCAUGAGGCACUUGAGAGAUGUGUGUUUAUAAUGAAUGCUUGUCACAUGUUGGCACAGAAUAUGCUGCAGAUCAACUGGACCUACAUUUUAGAACGACUUCAUUGAGUAAUACUACAUGCAAACAUUGUUUCUAAUCAAAGUGUAUUGGUCAUGCUUUAAAAAGUGAGUCCUUUUUAUGUUUAAAAAAUGUGGCAUCAUUCUGUUCUGAUCACAUAGUUACAGUGGAAUGUUUCCUGAUGCACACAGUUACUAGGUAUUGGUUUAGUUCACAACUGACCAGGCUAUGGUUAGGUUGACGUCACUGCUAGCUCAGUGACAAUUGAGCUUUGGUAAAUGUCUUUGGGAAAAACAUUUGAUUUAUUUAACAAUAGCUAUAUUGGAUCACACAUCAUUUGAGGCAGGUCAUAAUGUCUGGCCAAUGUGAAAACCUCCGAGGACACAAUGCAGAGACAGGGGCUGUGCAAGUCAUAGAUCUGGAAGAAGCUAUGGAAGAAUCUGAGGAGCGGUAAUUUAUUUAAAAAAAUGCUGCUUACUGUCUUGUAAUAAACUGCAUGAUACUUAGACAUUGGUCUCCUGCCAAUUUUAAAUGAGGGUUAUCACAGGGUGAAGUCACAACUGUUGCUGUUGCUACCAUGCAUAAAAGUUUAGGUAAUGUCUUAUGUCCAUAUGAUCGCAUAUUUAAUCUCUUCUUUUGAUAUUUUGGCAUUAGUUUGUACUAAUCUUAGCAUGGAAAACAUUUUGUCUGCUUAUAUUAAGUAGAAGUAUUUUUUCAAGGCAAAAUAUAGAUGGCCCUCUCAGUCUUUUAGUGCAAUUAUGUGUUAAAGUCACAUGUCAAUAUGAAAAUGUGUGUCUGUCUGUAGGGAACGGGUGGACCUAAGGAGACAAAUCCUUCAGGCUGAACUGAGAAUCCAAGUGAAAAAGCAACUACAUGAACAUUAUUUUAUGCAGGGAUUGCACCUUCAGUCCUUGAUCAAAGAGAUGGAAACUGAGAAUGAAGUCCUUACCAACAAAGUGAAAGAGUUACAGCAUGCAGAAAAUGUAAGAACAAUUAGGAGAGAGGCUCUGCAGCGGGAGCUUGUGGCUGAUGAGGAAAAAAUGGAACUGGAGAAGGAGAAUAAAAGGCUCAAGGAGGAAAUUAAGUUGGAACAACUCUCAGGACAGAAACGUCAGCAACAAAAACACAAUCUGGAAAGAGAUGCACAGGAAUUGCAGCAUAUACUGGAGAAGGUUGAGGAAGACAUUCGUAGAAAAGAUGAGGAAAUAAAGCAGAAAUCCAUGACCCUGAACGAAAGAUGCAGAGGGAACGAGAAUAGUUACAAAACAAUGAAGGAACAACAAGAACUUAAACAGCAGCUGAGCAUAGAGGCGGACAAAAGAACUGCACAAAGGACCUCAACAAUGCUGCCACUGGGCCCAUUAACUCUGGCUGAGGAGGAUGAACAGUUUAACGAUGAGAGGCCCCUGAACAAUGAAAACUACUUGUGUGUAACACAACACACUAACACCCAAACACAGAAAAUGUUCCCCUUCCGUCACUUAUUUCUGUAUUUUGUAUUUAGCUGUUGUUUGCAUGUCCUGUGGAUUGGUGUAAAGGCAGCAGGAUCCAUUUCCCUCUCUGUCCUCCUUCAUGUGGCCAUCAUGUGGUCCUUGGCGGAUGAUCCUGAUUGCAACCUUCUGACCAUUGCCUUCAACCUGCUGGAGCCCUAUGGCGGACUACAUCACACACACCCCUGUUUUCUAAGACCUAGCUGAACCUAAGGGCUGUACUACUGCAUCCCUGAAGGUUGCCUUGGCAAACAAAAGGAAGGCAAUGGAAAGAGUAAUGUGCAACUGUAAAUACACCGCUCUGUUUGUUGAGUUUAAUAAAACUCAAAAAUGUUA